AUGUUCUUUCCCUCGCAAAUACCCUCCGUCAUCCCCGCGUUGAGCUUGGACCCCCUGAAGACCCCGCCCGCCAUGCACGACGCCUUCCCCGCCAGUUCCUCUGACGACGACUCCGACCCCCAAACCACCCCUACCCGGCGGCGGUUCCACUCCGACUUCACCACCACGAUCACCAGUCCGAGCGGGCGCGCGAGCCCGUUCCACACGUGGGAGUGGGACGAGCCCGGGGUCGCGUCGCUGCCGGACCCGCGGCGCGCGACGGACCUCGUGCUUGAGGGGCUGGGGGAGCCCGAGGCGCGGGCGGCGCGUGCCGAGUUCCUGCUCGCGCUCAAGGGCGAGUUCGCGCGGCGGCCGCGCGAGUACGUGCAGAUGCUGCACGCGCUGGGCCGCAAGGACGCGAGCGGCCGGCCGGACGUGAAGGCGAUCGUCCACGAGGCCUCGCUGCUGUUUCGCGGCAUGCGGGACUUGACGCUGUGCUUCAACCAUAUUUUGCCGCCGGGAUACAGGCUGGAGGCGUUCGAGGAUUAUGUGUUGGUGUUGGUGUUUGGGAAGGGGUGGAAACAGUACCCUGACGGACGGCGGGAGCCGUUCUCGACAUAUUCCCGUUGA